GGCUUUGCAAUUCUUGGUGUAUCGAAGAACACGUUGAUGGCUCAGGAGCUAUCAGAGCAUAUGCACAAACAUUCCAAGUUGCCAGUUCAUUCAUUCAACUAUGGAUGACUGGAUCUAAGAGGAUCAAAACAGCCCUCGCUACAUUUCUCAAUCGGCCCCCUGGCCGUUGAGGCAGUCGAACACUAUAAGCGUGCCCUUGAAAAGACAGCUAUGGAGGGCCAGCGAGUCGCGGGGCUUAUUAUAUCGAAUCCACACAAUCCUCUUGGCAGAUGUUAUUCUCAAGCCAGCCUACUCAGCCUCAUGAGGUUCUGCUCCAAGAACGACAUGCACUUCAUCAGCAACUAAAUCUACGCCUUGUCGAUGUGGGACAAUAAGGUGGACCAAGGGCAUGAACCAGUGCCGUUCACAUCGUGCCUGUCACUCAACUCAACUGACUUAACACCCGACCGAAUCCAUACAAUUUGGGGUAUGUCGAAGGACUUCGGCGCGAAUGGGCUGCGGAUCGGGGCUAUCAUCUCCCAGUCCAAUCCGUCUCUGCAUAAAGUAUUAGCGGCCGUAGCGCUUUACAGCUCUCCAUCUUCUGCAUCGGAUCACAUUGCAGCCAACAUUCUCGAAGAUGAAAAGUGGUCAGACAUGUUCAUCCAGACGAACAGGACAAGGCUUGCCGAUAGGUACGGGCUUGUCGCGCGCUGGGCGAACACCCACGGCAUCCCCUACACGACCGGCGCGAACGCGGCUUUCUUCCUCUGGGCUGAUCUUGGGAGUGCUUGGGAAACGCAUAAUUCUGGAGCUGUCAAAGACGAGGACCUGGAUGACUUCUUGAUGAAGCUUUUUCUGAAACACAAGGUUUAUGUUUCUUCGGGAAAAGACUUUGGUUCUGAGAGUAACGGGUGGUUCCUUAUCGUGUUCUCUCAGGAUGAAAUCCAGUUGCUUACUGGCCUGGAAAGAGUUGCUACUGCACUA